AUGUUGCUGGGGCUCCAGACACGUCAGCAACAGGCGGACGUCUUGACCCACCCGGGGCCAUUAGGCGAGCCGGAAUCUACCAGCAAAGACCACGGCGAAGAUGCCACCACGAGAGCCUACUUCAAGCAUAGCAGUGCGCGACGCACCAAUACGGAUGCAUAUAUCACUGCCGCACUCACGAAGCAAUACCCCAACCUGGAGAUUGUUGUUACGCCUGCUGGAAAUGUCAAUCUACUGAGCUAUGCGACAGCAGGCAAUGCCAGCUUUGAACCGUUGCAGGACAGCACCAGCGGCCUGCCUGACUCUUUACAACUGGAUCUCUACAUCCCGCCCACCCGCCGGCUAGAUGGCGCGUUGGGUGGUUUGGGCGAGAUGACCUUGUUCGGCAAAUACCUGUACAAGUGGAAGGACGAUGAUUUUAUUGUCUAUCUCAUCGACGGACGAGAUGGUCAACAGCCGUAUCCAGUCGUGUCCAACUACUAUAUCCUCACAUCUAACAAGCGCAAAGCGCAUCAGCUGAUUCUGGAGGCUGGGCGUUGGAAUGCGGAUCUACACGAUGAGGUCUGGGUCUUCGACGGCGGGUAUUGGCAGAAGAGCAAGGAGCUUUAUGACUCAAUCAGAAACGCCACCUGGGAAAGUGUCAUCUUGAGCUCCGAGAUGAAGAAUAACAUCAUUGACGAUCACCUGUCCUUCUUCAAUUCACGCGAGACAUACACACAUCUCAAAGUUCCAUGGAAGCGAGGUAUCAUCUACUACGGACCGCCGGGCAACGGAAAGACAAUCAGCAUCAAGGCGAUGAUGCGUACACUUUACGACCACGAGCCAACACCUAUCCCAACCCUCUACGUACGGAGUCUCUUCUCGUAUGCCGGCCCAGAGUACUCAAUCAAGCAGGUCUUCGGCAAGGCCCGCGAGUUCGCGCCAUGUUAUCUCGUAUUCGAGGAUCUGGACUCCAUCAUCAACGAUAGCGUCAGAAGUUAUUUCCUGAAUGAAGUCGACGGCUUGAAGAGUAACGACGGUAUCUUCAUGGUCGGAAGCACGAACCAUCUUGAGCGGUUAGACCCUGGUAUUUCGAAACGACCGUCCCGAUUCGACAGAAAAUACUUGUUCCCCAACCCUGACCACGAUGAGCGUGUCGCAUAUUGUCACUUUUGGCAGAAGAAGCUCGCAGAUAACAAAGAGGUCGAGUUCCCGGAUAGACUGUGCCCCGCGAUUGCCGAGAUUACCGAUAAAUUCAGUUUCGCAUACAUACAGGAAGCCUUCGUGGCUGCACUUCUUGCAAUUGCUCGAAGGUCAAAGAGUGAUAAGCCAAACCCGCGAGGACUCAUGGAGAACCUAGAAGACGACUGGAUUGGCAUCGAUACUCAUGAUGACGAUCUAGAAAAUCUCAUACUGUGGGUUGAAAUCAAAAAGCAAGUCCAAGUCUUGCGGGACGGCAUGAGAGAGGGAAACAGAGUAUAG